AUGCCGCCAAAGAAUCAACGACGCUCUCAUACGAAAUCAAAGAACGGUUGCAGUCAAUGCAAGGUUCGUCGCAUCAAGUGCAACGAGCAUCACCCAAUAUGCAACAACUGUGAACGUCGCCAAAUAUUUUGCGAUUUCUCGCUAUCUCCUGGUGCCAGUGGAUCCCCCAACAAUACCUCCGAUGGUCGCCAGCAGUCUGGCCAGCCAACAUCCGUGCACGGAGGGCAGUGCACGCCAUCCCAACACAUGCUCGAUCCCUUCCAGCAACCGGACCUCCUCAGUACCAAGGAGACAACUGAUCUCGAUAUAACUGACCUGAAGUUGAUGCACCAUUUCACCAGUGUCGUCGCAACGGACCUGGCCAGUGGCCAAACGCCCGAGGCGCGCGCGCUGUGGCAGAUUCAUGCUGUAAAACUAGGGUUCAAGCAUCAUUUUCUGCUCAGAGGCAUUUUGGCCGUAUCAGCUUUCCAUUUGGGGUAUAUUCAUCCUGAAAGAAAAGUCGAAUAUGAACUGAUUGGGACCGCUCAUCAAGGGAUUGGCCUGACAGAGUUUCAAGAUACAUUGACGCAUGUGGAUGAAACCAAUUGUCACGCACUCUUCGCCUUCUCCUGUCUACUGAUUGUUCUUGCAUUCGCGUCAAGCACCAAAGACAAACCUAAGGACUUCAACACGGAUGUGCUCCACUGGUUCUACCUGCUCCGAGGAGCAAACUCUGUGCUCAAUAUGCAUUCCGAAACGAUCCGAUGUAGCUUCCUCAAACCUUUGUUAGACGAAAUGGCACACGUUGAGACCACCGCAGCCUACGGAUUCCCAGACAUCGAUCAAAUCACAAAACUAUUCCGGAUUUGCAGUUCUGUGGAGCAUGACAAAGAAAUUGCUCAAGCGUACGACCUUGCUAUCCAUUCCCUACUCAGCACGUUCAUUCAAGCCUCUCUACUUAAGACUCGCGGCGAUGGCACAAUCCUGGCCACGUUUGUGUGGCCGCUCAAUCUCUCGCCCAAGUUUCUUGACCUCCUGGGCGAAAAGCAACCCGAGGCGAUGAUCAUUCUAGCACAUUACUGCGUUCUCAUAUAUUGGGGCGAGUCCACCGAUUCGAACGAUACGUGGUUUAUCAACGGAUGGGCCCACUAUAUGCUCGAUACGAUCAAAGAAUCGAUCCCUGAAGCCUGGCAGGAGCAUUUGGAAUGGCCGAACACGAUGAUCACGUGA